GCGGCCGGCUGGGCGCCUGGUCCGGGGAGGAGACACGUCAGUACCGCCGGCGACGUCACAGGCCCGCCCAGCCCGCCGGCGCCCGAUUGGCUGCGGCGGCUGCUGACGCGUCGCGCUUCCUCGUCUACUCCUCGUGUUCAAGCUAACUGUUCUCUUUUUUCCUUGGCAGAGAACAGGCGAUGGCGGCGCUGGCAUCUCUCGGCGCCCUGACCCUACUGCUGCUGUCCGGUCUCUCCUGCUGCUCAGGUAGCGGCCUGGCCGGAGUUCUUUUCUGGCGAGUCUCUCACCCACGACUGGUGGCCUUGUCCCUCCCUCUCUGCCUCCUCCCUGCAGCAGAGGCCUGUGUGGAGCCCCAGAUCACCCCUUCCUACUAUACCACCUCGGAUGCUGUCAUUUCUACCGAGACUGUCUUCAUCGUGGAGAUCUCCUUGACUUGCAAGAACAGGGUCCAGAACAUGGUUCUCUAUGCUGAUGUCAGUGGAAAACAAUUUCCUGUCACCCGGGGCCAGGACGUGGGACGUUACCAGGUGUCCUGGAGCCUAGAUCACAAGAGCGCCCACGCAGGCACCUAUGAGGUCCGGUUCUUUGAUGAGGAGUCCUAUAGCCUCCUGAGGAAGGCUCAGAGAAACAACGAGGAUGUUUCUGUCAUCCCACCUCUAUUCACGGUCAGCGUGGACCAUCGGGGUACCUGGAACGGGCCCUGGGUCUCCACCGAAGUCCUGGCUGCAGCCAUCGGACUAGUGAUCUACUACCUGGCCUUCAGUGCCAAGAGCCACAUCCAGGCCUGAGGGUGGUGCCUGCCCCCCACCCUUGCUUCUUUGAAUAAAGAGCUAUUGGCUAUCCCAA